GCACCGUGGGCCGGGGCUAUGCGCGCGCUCCAAGCUCCGCGCUCCUGCCUCCCCGGAAGCCCUCUCGCCGGAGAAGGGCCGGGGGUUCCCCGGGCGCCCCCCAGCGGAAGGUGGUGGGGAAGGAAGAAGGAUUUGCAACAACACCUCGGGGAGGAGGCGGCCGAGGCGGAGGCGGCGGCAGCUGGAGGCGGAGGCAGAGGCGAAGGAGGGCCCCGGCCCCGGACAGGCCCCGCCCCUCGCCCCGCGCCCAGGGCCGUGCAGCCUGCCCUUACCGUGCAGCCUGCUCUUACCGUGCAGCGCCGAGCUCUUCCCUUCCCGCUAACGCUACUUAUCCCGGGAAAGCUCGCGCGGGGCGGGGGAGCAGACCCACAAACUAAAAGUGAAACUUGAGCAGCGCUGGCACGGCUGCUGGCUGGUGCCUUUCCCCGUCCUGCCUCCCCGCCGUCGCCACGCCCUCCGCUGAGAGCUGGAGGCCGACGUCAGGGGCAGGAUUCCUGACUACGCUUGCAGGCAUCUGCCCAGGUGAGCAGUUUACUUUUGAAGAGGCUCUUCCAGUGGGUAUAAAGGCCUUUUCCCCUGAUGCAGCAGUGAUUUCUCCACAAAUAUCUUCUGAGAAAGAAAUCUAGAGAACGAGGUGAAAGAAGAAAUGGCCAGUCCUCAGGAACUGCUGACCUUCAAGGAUGUGGCCAUAGAAUUCUCUCAGGAAGAGUGGGGUUUCCUGAACCACAGUCAGCGGGAGCUCUAUAGAGAUGUGAUGUUAGAGAACUAUGGACACCUCCUCCUCUUGGGUCUUGUGUCAAAACCAGACCAGGUCAACUUCUUGGAGCAAAAGAAGGAGGCUUGGGAUGUGAAUGGAAAGGGGACAGUAGCCACACAUCCAGCUGUAUCUUCACAUGGCACCCUGAGCUUCCUGCCAAAGUCUUGCAUAGAAGCUUCUUUACAAAACAAGUCAAUGGGGAGAUACAAACACAGCACCCUUGAGAAUUUACACUUAAUGAUAGACUGGGACAAUGAUGGUGAAAGUGAAGGGCAUCAAGGAUAUCAUGAAGGACAUAUCCAAACUGAGACAAGUGCCCAUAAUAAGAAUCUCAGUGCCCAAAAUGGUGAAGAAUAUAAAGCAUUUUGGAAAAACCUUUUUAAGUCCAGCACUUCAGCAGCGCCAUGUGUUUCUGUAAGCAAAAGCUCAAAUCAAGUAUUGAAACAUACAUAUUUAUGGAAUGAAAAUUUGGAAAAUGUGGAAACCUACCUAGUGAAUGCUGAAAAUAAUUAUUUGAACUAUUUUGAAAAUAGAAUUAUAUUGACCUUUCAGUCCAAUAUUUCUGAAAGUCAGAGAUUUCAAGAUGAAGAAAAAAGUGCUAAGUGGCAUAAAUUUGGGAGGUCCUUUACCGAGCAGUUGACCCCACAAACUUACCAGAGCACUUAUAAUGAAGACACAAUUGUUCAAUGCAGUCAAUAUGAGAAAAAAUUUAACCACACCUCAAAUGUUAACAAACAUCUGAGGAGUCAUUUUCUAGAGAAGCAUUUUGAAUAUAAUAAAUGUGGGGAAGAUUUUUAUCAAAGCUCAAAACUUAUACAUAAUAAAAAUAAGUAUAUAAGAGAGAAUCCUCAUAAAUAUAAUGAAUAUGAGAAAGCUCUUAACCAGUUCUCCAAUGUUGGUGAUCAUCAGAGGACUCAUGUGGGGAAAAACACAUACAGAUGUCAUAAACCUGGGAACAUGUUUAGUCAGUCAAGACUAACUAUACAUAAGACAAUUGAAACUGGAGAGAAUAGGUACAUUUGUAAGGAAUGUGGCAAAACCUUUGACUCACACUCAAAACCAACUCAACAUCAGCAAAUACAUACUGGGGAGAAACCUUACAAAUGUGAAGAAUGUGGUAAAGCCUUUAAGGACGGCUCGUCACUAAAUGGACAUAGGCGAAUCCAUACUGGAGAGAAACAUUACAAAUGUAAAGAAUGUGGCAAGGCCUUUACCCAUCGCUCAAGCCUUACUCAACAUCACAGAAUUCAUACUGGAGAGAAACCAUAUAGAUGUAAAGAAUGUGGUAAGGCCUUUAACCAGUACUCAAAAGUUAUUCAACAUCACAGAAUUCACACUGGAGAAAAACCUUACAAAUGUAAAAAAUGUGGCAAGGCCUUUAACCUGCAUUCAAACCUUACUCAACAUCACAGAAUUCAUACUGGAGAGAAACCUUACCAAUGUAAAGAAUGUGGCAAGGCCUUUAACCAGCACUCACACCUUACUCAACAUCACAGAAUUCAUACUGGAGAGAAACCUUACAAAUGUAUAGAAUGUGGCAAGGCUUUUAAGAGGCACUCAAAUCUUAUUCAACAUCACAGAAUCCAUACUGGAGAGAAACCUUACAAAUGUAAAGAAUGUGGCAAAGUCUUUAAUGGUUAUUCACAACUUACUAUACAUCACAGAAUCCAUACUGGAGAGAAACCUUAUGACUGUAAAAAAUGUGGCAAGGCCUUUAAACACCAAUCAAACCUUACUCAACAUCACAGAAUCCAUACUGGAGAGAAACCCUACGACUGUAAAGAAUGUGGCAAGGCUUUUAACCAGCACUCAAACCUUAUUCGACAUCAGAGAAUUCACACUAUAUAGAGACCUUUAAAAUGAAAGAACCUGGCAAGGCCUUUACCCAGGACUCAAGCCUUACUCAACUAUCGCAGAAUUCAAAGUGGGGAAAAUCUUUACCAAUGUAAAAAAAUGUGGGAAGGCCUUUAAUCACUGUUCCACCUUUAGUCAUUAUCAGAAUUCAUACUGGAGCAAACCUUACAGAUUUUAAAACUGUGAGAAUUUGUAAGGAUGUUCAACACUUACUCCACAUCAGCGAAUUAAUAUUAGAGAUUAAUGAUACACAUGUAAAGACUAUUAUAAGAUGCUUAAGCUGUAUAGACCCUGAUUCCUGACCACAGAAUGUGUCCUAGAGAUGAUUUUACAAUAUAAAAUAUUUGGCACACCCUUUAGUCCAUGUUUAAGUCUCAAUUGACACCAGAGAAUUCAUACUAGAGGGGAACUCUAUAAAUGGGAAAAAUGUGGUAACAUUUUUCGGACUGCUUCAGUCUUACUUAGCAUCACAGAGUUCAUUCUGAGGAGAAGCAUCACAAAAUGCAAAGAAUGUGGCAAACCUCUAGCUGAAACUCACAAUGUACUUAACAUCAUAGUUAUGAUACAAGAAAAAACUGUAAAAUGUAAAGAGAGUAGCCUAGCCUUUAAUUGCCAUUCGAUCGUUAUUCAUGAGUACCCCAAAAUGAACGCUUGAUUCAAUCCCUACAAAUGUAGUGAAUUAGCAAAGACCUUCAUUUUAAAUAUAAACUUUAGAAAACAUCAAAAAAAAAAUAAAGUAACUUGGAAGAUAUAAAUAUUUAGAAAUGUAUUUAAUUGAAU